AGCGGACAGGUCACAAUGGGAGCUGUCCCUAAGGAGCACAGCAGGCAGCCCCAGGGCAGUUGGACUUGGGCGAUCAGCCAUGGAUUCAGCAACUGUGCUCCUCCUGGCUGUGCUGGCCAUCCUGCCCAAGCGGACACAGGAUCCCCAGAGCGAUGCGGUCGCUGUGCAGUGGAUGAAGAAACGGCAGAUUUUUCUAGAGGACCAGAUGACGGAGCUGUGGGAGGAAGUCGAGUGGAGGAGGGCCCUGGAAGAUGUUCCACUCCUUUGGAUCUUGCAGCACUGGCUCUUCUGGCUGGCUGCAGCGGCUGGGCUGGGCUGGCUGGCCUGGCAAAGGGAGGAGGCCUCUCGCCGGCGCCGUCAGCAAGAAGAGCUCAGCGCAGCAGCCGCUGCUGGCGGGCCUUUUGCAGCGCUCAGCCUGUCACCGCUGCAGGACCUGCCCUUCAUGGGCCGGACCCUGAAGAAGCUGCUGCGGGACCUGCUGGAGGUGUGCCAGGUGCUCUCCCAGAACACCUUCAUGCCAGAGCUGCACCUGGCCACUGGGCAGCAGGGCACCUGCAUCGAGUCCUGGCACGAGCUGGGGGACUGCACCGUCUACCAGCUGCUGCUCUUCCUCAGGCCACCCCCCUGGCACUCUUUCCGGCUGCAGCUGCCCGACGCCAUGGACGUGCCACACUCCAUCCGUGUGCUGCUGGAGUGCUCGUGUUCCAGGACGGCGGGGAACAUCUUCUGCUUUGUCCACCCCACCUACAACCAUCAGCACUCGGCCGUCGUGCACACCCUCUGCACAGACUCCCACUUGGAGGUGCAGAAAGUCGCCGGCUGGCUGCCCAGACUGGUGGAAUCAGCCUGGGAGCGUUUGCCUCAGUGGCACCACUGGCAGCUCCGGCUGCUGCCCUCCUCCCGCUCCUGCAGGCUCCUGCUCACCGGCCCCGGCCAGGUGCGGCUCUGCGCUGUGCUGCUCUUGGCACUGCAGCAGGGCCGCCCGGGCACCUUCCUGCUCCUGGAAUAGGCAGGCGCAGCUUUCCCGGGGGCUGCUUUGGGCCGGGGCUGCGCGGCGACUUGGCAGCGCACCCAGUCGGCACGCCACAACAGACCCUUGUGCUGACUGGACUGAAGAGCAGCAGUCCCAGCUCUGUCCACUCCCAACUCCCCAUGUGCCCUGGUGUGCCUUAAGCCCAGCUGCAAAUGGAGCACCAGCAGCCACUCCCUCAACUGCCUUCCCUUCCCCGCCACCCUGGUGGAAUGGGGACGAGAAUCCAAAUUCCAACUUUGUCAACAGAAGUUGACAAAGAUUAACGUUAGGACUACCCUCUAGAAUAGGUUUAGGAUUAAGUUUAAUAAGUAAGUUAAGUAAGUUUAGUUCCUAAGUAUAAUAAGAAGAAUAAUAACAAUAAUAACUAGUUUAAUAAUAGAUCAGUUUAAUAAGAAUUUAGUUUUAUAAAACUCUAAAUGGAAGGUAGAUAAGGUUAAGCCCCAGCUCCCCUUGUCCCCAGUCCUGCUUUAAUCCCAGCUGGAAAUGAAGCCCCAGCAGCCACCCCCUCAAGCCCCUUCCCUUCCCCACCACCCUAGUUUCAUAAUAGCUUUCAUUAGAACUUUAGUUAAGUUUAAUAAUUAUAAGUGAAAAAUAGAUAAGUUUAGGACUAACAAUUUAGUUUUAAAAAACUCAAC